CCUUGUGUUUGGUGCACCGCGACAUAAAAAAGAUGGAAGCUUUUUCUGCAUUGCCAAAUGCUCAUCAACCAGUGAGGUCCAUUAGUUUGCCCACCAGAGUGCACCCUUCUUCUCAAAGAGUUGAAGAACUUUUGAACCAUCUUAGGCCUCACCAUCUUCCCCAGUCUGUCUCAAGAACCACAUGCUUGGAAGCAGAGACAAUUCAAAGCGAUUUGGUUGUGCUUGCUGAGUUGUAUAACUGCAUGGAGGAACUCUUCCAUUCUCCACAGACCCAACAAGCACUUCUGCACUACCAAAAUGGGAAGCUAGUGGAAGAGGCAUUGGGUGGCUCAGUCACACUCCUUGAUGCAUGUGGCAGUGGAAGGGAUUUGUUGUUGGGUCUAAAAGAACAAGUGCAAAGUCUUCAGUCAGCCAUGCGUAGAAGAAGAGGAGAUUCAAGCAUUGAGAAAAGCAUCUGUGAAUAUAAUAGCUUCAGGAAGAAGGCCAAGAAGGAUAUUGCCAAGCAACUGGGGGCAAUGAAGAGAAUGGAGAAUAAAGUUAAUUGUUGUUCUCUAAUGAGUCAAACUCAAGAUCAGCAUUUGAUAUUCGAAGCCAAAGUUCUAAAAGAAGCAAGCAUCAUCACUAUCUCUAUAUUCCGUUCUCUUUUGCUGUUCCUGUCAAUGCCAGGACUCAGAACAAAAGGGACCUCCGUGAUCUCAAAGCUAAAGCCAACCAGGUUGUUUUCUUCAGAGAAAGAACAGAAGAACACAAAUGUUGUGGACCUUAGUGCCGUGUGCUCCCUCCUUGGAAGAGGAAAACACAGUGAUGCCAAGGUUGAACUUCAAAGUACUCUAAGAGUGUUACAGACAUUGAAUGUUUGCAUUGAUGGUCUUGAAAGUGAAUUAGAUUGCCUCUUCAGACGUAUAGUUCAAAAUAGAGUGUCAUUUCUUAAUAUGCUUGCUCAUUAGCACAAUGAUUUUGUGUGAGUGAUACCUUGUAAAUGUGGAUGAGAGUGAUCAUGUAGUCCGAAUUUUAAAGGAUUUGCUCUCCAAAAAUCAAUACAUGUUUGAAUAUCAAAAUGGUUCAGAA